AUUUGGCAUAAUCAUGAGUUUCCAUGACGGUGGGGAGCAUCUCAAGUGUGGUCGACCUACGUUAUUGUUUAAAAAAAGUGUAGUUAUAGAGCUUUAAAUUUAACUGUGGUGCAAUGGGUGCUACAUCAUUUAUUUCCAGCAGUAAUACAGUGCAUUUAGUAUAGUGUGCGGUAUGCGUAGACGUCCCAUAUAAACAUGCUAUACAUGUCGUACUAUUAAAAUGACAGAAAAUCAAACAAAUGUAACCGUCUGACACAUUUUUGUAUCAAAGCUGCUUUCAUUUGGUCACAUGACUAAGUUGUAUUUUCACAAAAAAAAAAGUUUAGUCCUUCGUUUUCAUAGGAACACUUACAUGUAGCAUGUACAAAUUACGCAGAAACAACGAAAUUUUAUAAAGAAUGUCUGCAAAUAGUCUGCUUUCACUUCCCGAAGAAGUUCCCGCCCUCGCUGCGCUGAUUGGUCUGUUUAUUAAGGAAGUAAUGCAGCACCUCGUUUUAAUUGGCUAACACGCGUCACGUGACCGGAGGAGCGCAACUAAGUUUUCCUUACUGAUGUUACGUGCGUUGUUAGGGUCUUUUCUCGUUCGAUAGGAAAUAUUUACGAAUCAAGCAACUUUUUAAAAGCAGAAUUACGAUUCAGCACUUUAUCUGCGCAUUGUAUUAACUAGUGUAUAAAUGUUUACGGCUGACUUGCUCAUAGUUUUCAUGGCAGGAACAUGCGGUGCACUUGGGACUUUGGUAUUACUCGCAUGACCGUGACAGUACCUUGAGAAAGGAGACUGUAACUUAAGUUUGACCAACUGUAAUGCAAUCAUUGAUUUUCCUGACUCAGUCUUGAAUAAGACUGAGUAAGACUUGAAUAAGUGGUUCCUUGAAUACAUUUAGGUGGCCACGCCAUCCGGACUAACGGCAUAAUUCAGUUACAUGCAUAACAGGUUUUUGAAGAUUGUUGGUGCAUGUUGCAUUUCCAAAUUUAUGGCAUAAGUGAACUAAACUCAGAGUACUUGCAGACAGGAGAUCGUGUGGAGCGUCAAUUACUGUGACUCGAGCUGCUCUGACGCUGAAAACGAUGGAUCAUGAGCUGCUUGAAUACCAUCUCCAUCUGUCUCUUCCUUUUCCUUUCUCUGCCUUUCUUCUGUGUCAUCAUUUUCGGCUGAAUGCUGCAGGCAUUGCCUAAGAUUAGGAGAGCAGUUAAGAGGGUUCAGCAAGUCGGAGCCCAAAUCAUCCCAAUGGCUCAGAACUGCAAUGCAUCCUCCACGCAGAAAGAUGGUGCUGUCACAGCAGCUAUUCUCAUCAUAGGAGAUGAGAUCCUCAAGGGUCACACUGUCGACACUAACAGUGCCUUCCUGUGCCGUGGACUUCGUAAACUUGGUGUCACGGUAGAGCGAAUCACUGUGGUACCUGACGUCCAGGAAGUCAUCGCUAAAGAAGUAGCCCAGCUUUCGUCCUCCGUUACUCACCUCAUCACAUCCGGCGGCAUCGGUCCCACCCAUGACGAUGUCACUUUUGAAAGUGUCGCUAUGGCAUUUGGCGAAGGUCUGCAUGCCCACCCUGAACUGACAAAGCUAGUGGAGGGGUUCUUUGGCACCGUCACUCCUAACAGUGCCCCCAUGAAGCUUGCCAUGGUCCCCGUUUCUGCCAAACUCAAUUUUGGCAUAGACCCUCAGACAGGCCAGCGAAAUCGCUUCCCUCUAGUCAGUGUCCGAAAUGUAUACAUAUUUCCCGGCAUCCCCUCUCUGCUGGAACGAUCGUUCAACGGACUAACCCAUCUGUUUUCAGGUUCUGGUACCAUCUUUCACACCCGUGAGGUGUUUGUGGAUGCGGAUGAGACUGAGAUCGCCCCGAGUCUCACAAAACUGCAGGCAGGUUGGGGGAAGAGUGUCUCUCUGGGAUCUUACCCAGACUGGCUUAGUAAUUAUCAUCGUGUGCGACUGGUUCUGGACUCAGACAGUGUGGAGGAGGUGGAUCGGGCACGAACGCAACUGAUAAAAGAGCUACCUGAAGGAUCUGUGGUUCCUCUCAUUACUGACCCAGUGUCAAUCGCACCUGAAGAGGUGUACUCUCUCUCGAAAAGCGAGACACUGCUUGGGAAGAAAGUAGCUGCAGCAUUGGGGACCAUUGAGAUGGCGCUGGAUAAAUACUCAGUUAAUGAGCUCUGUGUUGGCUUCAACGGUGGCAAGGACUGCACAGCUCUACUGCAUUUAUUUUAUGCUGCUCUAAAACGGCGGUUUCCAGAUGGUAAAGAUAAACUGAAAGCUCUGUACAUUCGAGUUGUCUCUCCUUUUCCAGAAAUGGAGAGGUUUUUGCAGGAUACAAUUAAAAGGUAUGACCUGGAGCUGUUCUCAGUGGAGGGUAGUAUUCGGCAGGCUCUGAAUGAGGUCCAGGAAAGGAGGCCGGAUUUACGGGCAGUCCUGAUGGGAACAAGACGGACCGACCCUUAUUCACACACACUGACACCCCUAUGUCCCACCGACCCGGGCUGGCCUGAUUACAUGAGGGUCAACCCACUACUGGAAUGGACUUAUCAUGACAUCUGGGAGUUCCUGAGAACCCUGUAUGUGCCCUACUGUAUUCUGUAUGACAAAGGAUACACUUCUUUAGGCAGUAUGGAUAACACAUGCAGGAAUCCAUCUCUUAAAAUGGUGGACGAGAGAGGUGUGACCCGCUACAAACCAGCCUACAAGCUGGAAAAUGAGGAGGAGGAACGCAACUCAAGGGCAUGACAGGCUUCUCUAAACAAACACAUCUUUAUUUUUUUUUAAGAAGACACAAUGGAUGACAGAUGUGCAACUGAUAACAUUUUGAAGAAGGAACAGAAUCUGAAAUCCUAUCAGAUAUAGACCUCUUGAAAAACCUGUAGUUUGUGUACUGUGUCUGUCCAUUUAUGUAGGCAAAGGAAAGCGAGAAUAUGUCACUAUGCUGUAUUUAAGAUUUUUAUUAAAACAGUAUCAAAGUGUC